AUGUUGACUUUUAGGCUUGCCGUUUCGGCUUGCGGCUUAUUGGUCGUUGCCCGCCUUGUCUUCUUCCUUAUCAAGAGCUUCACAUCGCCAACGCGACACAUUCCAGGCCCUCUGUGGGCAAGAUUCACUCGGCUGUGGUACUUCAGACGUGUUGCCCUCGGCCGCUUUGAACAUGAAAACAUCCAGCUCCACCAACAAUACGGCCCAAUUGUGCGCCUCGCGCCCAACAUGUACAGCAUAGAUAUACCAGAGGCUGUGAACACGGUGUACGGAAUUGGCUCCAAGCUGCCAAAAUCAGGUUGGUAUGAUGCGUGGAAGCAUCCCAGUCCCGAUGCCUGGACCAUGUUCCCCGAUAAAGAUAUCAAGAGGCACGCUCAGACAAGAAGAGUGUUUCAGGGGCUGUACAGUAUGUCCAGUCUUGUCAGCUACGAGAGAUACGUGGAUGAGUGCGCGGACGUCCUGCUGAAUCGCUUGUCCUUGUUCUCAAAGAGCAGAGAGCCUAUCAACAUGGGCCACUGGUUCCAAUGUUAUGCGUUCGACGUCAUCGGCAAUAUCACCUUCUCAAAACCGUUCGGCUUCCUUGAUCGUGGGGAGGACGUUUCAGGCUUGCUACAGGCGCUACACAAGAUCCUUGCGUAUUCUACCCUGAUUGGCAUAUACUCCUCUCUCCAUCCGUACAUAUUCGCGGUGGCCAACUUUUUCGGCGUUGGAGGAGCUGCUGGACGAACAUAUCUCGCAGCGUACGUGAAAGGGAGAAUCUCACAGAGAAAGGCUGAGCAGGCGAGGAAUGAAGCAAAGGCAGUUUCAACACAUACUGAUGGAUCUCCCGACGACUUCUUGGAGAAACUGAUGAUCAAAAAUAAAGAUGCUCCAUCCAAGGUGACUGAUUAUCAUGUCUUCAUGAUGAGCAUGUCCAACAUCAUCGCGGGAUCCGACACAACGGCCAUUAGUCUAUCGGCCAUCUUAUACUAUCUCAUCAAACAUCCGCACGUCAUGAGCAAAGUCAGAGAGGAAGUCGACCUCAUUUCUGAUGUUGGCGCUCACCUGAGCUUCAAAGAGAGCCUCGAAAUGCCAUACUGGCAAGCUGUUAUGAAGGAAGCACUACGUCUACAUCCCGCCACCGGACUUCCCCUAUGGAGAACCGCCACCAAGGGCGGCAUAGAACUGAAUGGGCAGUUCUUUCCCGAAGGUACUUCAAUCGGUCUAAAUACAUGGACAGCACAUUACAACAAAGAUGUCUUUGGGGAUGAUGCUGCAGAAUUCCGGCCAGAGCGAUGGCUGGAGGCCGAAGAGGAGGGUGGACGCAAGUUGGCCCAGAUGACUGCAUACUACCUACCAGUGAGUGAACCAAUAUGUUGA